UACUGUUCCGUUCGGGUCUAUAUUAAGACCGCCUCCGGUCGACCUCGCUUCAACAUGCGUGUGCGCAGAACGGUCGCUCUCACAUCAAAAAUCAAACGUAGUACAUAUUAUAUUUUUUACGAAUCCGACUUAUCCAAGUCCCAAUUCGAAAAUAGGUGACUUGUGAAAAGAAAUUACUGCUUUUGAAUUUAAUAUAAAAUGUUAUAGUGAAGUGAAUCAAAGUGGGUAUCUAUUGGAAGUGAGUUAUCGGACAAUUUGCCAAGAUGAAGUUCACUAUUGACGUUCUUGGGAUAUUUUUAAAAGUAGUUGUCAAGAUAAACAAGGUGACGUUUGCGCCACUGGUAGUGUCCACACUGUUCAUCCUACUGACGUCGCUGUUAGCACACUGCGCGAGGAGACUGGUACAAAGGGUGGUGUCUGAACCAACUGUCAGAUUACUGCUGGAGGAAGCGAUAGCUGCUGCCGAGCUGUGCGGUUGCUGUUUCGAACUUAUCGUUGUUGCAGACAACUUUGGCGUGGCAACGUAUGCAGUAUUCCUGUUUGCCCUCACCAUCUGGUGGUCUCUCAAUUGGGGAGACGCCACGGCAUGCCCGUACACACACAUUGAGGAUAUCAUUGAAGGCAAAGGCGACACCCGCAGAGCCCUGCUGAAGACAGCGGCCGAGCUGAUCGGAGGCGUGAUGGUGUUCAAGUAUGUACAGAUGUACUGGGCGUUGGAGAUCUCCGAAACACACAAGGACAAGGCGUAUGAGGAGUGUAGGGCGGACUUACAGGUGCCAGUACUCUAUGGGGCAGUGGUGGAGGGCAUUGCCACGUGCCUCUGUCGACUGGCUUCAAAGUCACUAGGCGACUUGAAUCCCAGAUUUGCGACGGCGAUUGACUCCUUCAUUGGUACAUCUCUUGUCGUUGCCGGGGUCCUCACUAGGCACACGGUAUUCGUGUACCGGUAUCAGGACAAUAGUGCCAAUGCGGACCUAAGCGUGUCCAUCUUUUGCAAAAUCCAUUUAGGAAAAGCUUUCGACUACUCCGGUGGAUACUUCAACCCAGUCUUGGCGACGUCCCUCAAAGCCGGCUGUGAAGGCCACACUCUUCUAGAACACGCUCUGGUGUACUGGAUCGGCGCGUGCGCAGGCUCUGUCCUCUCCGUCUACAUGUACAAACUACCAGCUGUCCAGAAGUUCGUCAGAGGCACUACUGAAGUUAACGGCGACAGCAUUUGGGCUGAAAAAGAAGACUAAAAUUUAAUUCUUAACUAUUUUAAAUGAUUAAUGUUUUUUACAAGUCCAAUUGCAGAAGGGUUGGCACUCAAUUAAAAUCUUGUUGGGAAUGAUGAGUAAUUUUAGAAAUAUCACGGUCUAGACAGACAGAAGAGGGGUGACAAUGACGUCUCGAGAUCACAUCUCAAAGAUUUAAUCAAAAAUCUUAGAGCUGUCAUCUUAAUCAAGAAUCGUCAAAAUCAUCAAACACAAACAUCUAAUUUUGAUAAAUGAAAGUAUUAUUUUAUGGUCUCCUAAAUAUUUUUUACAUAACAAGAGUGCCAACCAAGCAGCGUCUUCAUCGACCACCGAAACCUUACCUUCUUUUAAAUUAGGCUUAUGAUUGUAAACACAUAUAUCUGUCUUGUGAAAUUGCAAUUGGUCCAUGUUAUUUGACUAUGGCGAUUUUGCUUCGAUAUAUUAUUAUGAUUAAUAGAAUAGAGUGUUACGUCACUAGAUUUUGUAGUCGAUACAAUUUUACAGUGAAAUACAUUAAAUUAAUAUGGAAAUCGGGUCAAAUUAUUCCCAUUUCAAUGCGUACAAGAAAUUCUAGUCACUUUUUCCAGGGUGUUAAUAUUUUAUUCAUUAUGUCGUUAUUAAAUCUUACGUUUUUAAGUAUAAUUUUAACUGUUUGCGUAACUGAAUUAAAAAGUUAUGUUUAUGAGUGUUUAUUUACAAAUAAUUCAUGCUAAGUAAUGCUUCAAAUAAAUUUUAUUACUGUGAGUAGAAAAUGUAGAUUUUUUUACUGAUUGCUCAUUUUUUAUGCUACCUAUAUCAUUUCAUCCUACAUUCGUAUUCAUUCACACAGAAAAAUGUCUUCCAAAAAUAUGAUAAGUACUACGUAUGCCCUCUGUAAAUAAAAUUGUUUAUUUAUUAA